CAUAGACAAAAUAGAUUUGUGGACUAUUAUGUAAAUGUACGAACAAAGUUGUAAACUUAUAUCCACUUCUCCAAUAGUCUGCGACUGUCUGUGAGCAAAAGCAAAAUGAGUAUGUUAAAGAUCGUCUAGAAGGGUUUGUUACAUUACUAGCCGCUCUCUAACUCGCGAUCAUCUCCAUGGUAACGGAUGUAAUUGUAAACAAAGUCCCUUUCCUGCUCGGGACAUCAUAAAAGAGCACACAGUUGAUCAGACCACAGACAGAUGCCGAUCAAAAAGGGGAAGAAGGGAAAAGGAAAAGGAAAGAAAGAUGGCAAGCAAGAGUCAAAAAGGGAUAAAGAGUCUGAUAUCGAGAGGGCUAAAGCAAACGCGGCUCUAUGGGAGGCCAGGUGUGAUAUGACAGAAACUUCCCGCAUUGAGUAUCACGAAACAGCGGGCAGACUGGCCAAAGCCAACGAACACCUUACUGAUCUACAACACAAAACUGAGAAGAAAACCAUUGACAUCAUUGCUGUUCUGAGGGAAAAAGACGUCGAAAAUGAGGAGAAGAUUGCAGCAUUGGAACAGAGAAUUCAGAUUGAGAAAACAAGAUCUUCUCAAGAGAAAGAUAGUUUAAUCACUGAUUUUACUCUGAGGAUUGGUAAACUGGAGGAGAAGUUUGAAAAGAGAUCUAGUGAGUUUAGAAUUAUUCAAGAGGAGCUCAGGAUCAUUAAUGACUUCCUUGAGAAGAAGCCACAAAUGGAGCAAGAACUUAGAAAUAUGAAAGAAAGUUUGGACAAUGCCGAUUUAGAUCAUCAGAAAACUCUUAAAAGAAUGGAGCAAAAGUUCCUAAAUGACAAGUUUCAUCUAGAGCAGGAAGCUGAACAAAACAUUGCUGUGCUUGCAGAGAAAGCUCACAAUGAGGCCAUUGUACAGCUGGAUGUAGCUUCUCGCUCUGUGUUCAAAGAGAAUGUGCGUUUAAACAAGGCACUGAGUUACCACAUCAAAGAAGUCGAGGAUCUGCGGAAGAGAAAUGCAGCGCUGCCAGAGAAAAACGACAACCUCACCCAGCAAAAGGAGACAAGCCAACUGAUAAUGAAUGACACAGUCUCUCAGAUUACAACCCAGCGAAGCCAGAUCACUGAGAUGAAGGUCAAGGUGUCCACACUGGAGAGGGCGCUGGCCAGCACGGUAGCUGAGUUUGAAUGUGAGAAAGUCAGUGUCAAGCACCGUGCCAAGGUCAGAACUCAGGCCAGCGGGGUAGAGCUGGGUAAACUUCAGAAGCUCCUGACCUUACGAGAGAGGGAGCUGAGCCGAGUGAAGAAGCUGGCCCGCAGUAUAGUGGAGCAGCGUACAGACACAGAGAUCCUGUUCCAUGAAGCUCUGAACCAAGUCAAGCAGGAGAUCCUAACUCAGAGACUGGAGGGAGAGGUGACUCGUAGCAAGAGGAUGAAUGAGGUCCUGUCAGGUAGAAGGGAUUACGCUCACAUACAAAACAGUGUAUCCACUGGCUCGCAGGAGGUUGAGACAGGUAAUCUAAGGAAACACAGAACGGACAUAUCAGAGAUGAGAUGGGAACAAAGAGAAAGAGUUCUCAGACUGCUCUUUGCCAAAAUGAACAGCAAGAAAUCAAAGAAACCCAUUGAUGCCCCAGCUCUUGCAGAUUUUGAGGGGAAUCCGUGUAGCAGUGAUCCAAGCAGUGAGGAAUCUAGUGUCACCUUUUUAACACAAGCAGAAGAUUUUAAUAUGGGCUCGACUGCAGUUUCCAGUGACACAUAGAUAUCAUUUUAAAUUAUGAAAAUUAUGUUCACCUACCAAAAUUGUCCGUAGGGUGAGUGCGUGAGUGAAUGAAUGAGUGAGUGUGUGUGCCCUGCGAUGGGUUGGCAAUCCAUCCAGGGUGUAUCCUGCCUUGAUGCCCGAUGACUCCUGAGAUAGGCACAGGCUCCCCGUGACCCGAGGUAGUUUGGAUAAGCGGUAGAAAAUGGAAUGGAAUGGAAUGUUCACCUUAGUUGUGUGUGUGUGUGUGUGUGUGUGUGUGUGCAUGUGUGUGUGCAUGCUUGUGUGCAUGUGUGUAUAUUCUUGAUAUUGCAUGCUGCAACUAACCGUUUCUUUGAAUAAUGAAAGUAUUGAGGGUCACAGAAACAAAAAAAAUGGUUUUAGAGUAAGCCAUGACUAAGCCUUAGUUAAAUUAGGACAUUUACGUAGUUUCUACAAACAUUCCCUAGACUGCAUGUAAGAGAAACUGAAUAAUGUAACAGCAUUUAGAAAAUACUCUCAUUACAAAAAUAAACACUAACCACAAAAAUUCUAAAUCCUUUUUUGAUAUACAAGAUUUAUAUUUUGAUUGGUUUGAAUACGAGACAGAAUUUAUAUUCUUUAUGAUUAUGCCCCUGAUACAGCUAUGGGCCAAUGAGCCUUUGCUGGAUAUAACUUUUAUUUUACAGCAGCGUGUUUUAUGCCAACCUACACAAAUGUGUAGUAAUUUUGAAAUUGCAUUGUAUGAUGUAAUUAAAUGUACUAAAAUGUUUUCUGUUAUAUCACAUUUUAAAAAUAAAAAAGCUGUACCAAUUUACUUACUUGCAAAUGAGUCACAUCCAUGACUUUUCUAAAUUGCUGGAAGCUGUGUAUAAACAGGGUGUUCAAAAUGAAUAUGCUGUAUGUUUGAUCAUCAUUAUUUACAAUUGUAAAUAAAGUAUGAGAUGUUUGAUAAAUUUA